GCUUCACUCUCCUCGUAUUGCGACAGCAGAGACGCCAUCUCCAUGUAUUCUAACCUCCUUGACUCUUGCAGAAUAUCAUAUUUAUGUGAGAUAUGACAAUUUAAUUUUUAUGAACUGUUUUGCGAAAUGAAUGGUCCACCUUUUCGCCACUAGAUGGCAUAACAGAGCUCUGGAAUCGCGGAUAUCGAGCACUAGAACUGUCCUACACAUCAAGUAUUAACAUUUUUUAUAAUCAUAUGUGUGUUUGUACAAGAAACUGAAAGCUAGUGUGAAGCACCAAGAACUACUUUGUGUGAAAUUUUUGUUAACCUUUUACAUCGAUGUAGAACGUGAAUUCCAUGAUGCCUGUAACAUAUAUAAAAGUUAUAUAGUAUGAAGGCUAUAGUUUGUAUUUUUCUGUAUAGGGCAGAAACUUCAUGCAUGGGAGAUAUGUAAUGAAUCAUGUGGAAAAAAGGUAUUUUAGAAUGCAUGUAUACCUACACAGGAAUGAAACCUUCCGUGUGAAGUAUGUAAUCUGUCAUUUAAACUAAACGGUAUUUUAAAUGACAAAAUGCUUAUUCACGCGGGAUGGAAACCACUAUGCAUGUGAGGAAUGUAAAAAAACGUUUGGACAAAGGCCUCAUUUAAACCAGCAUAUACUUAUUCAUACAGGAGAGAAACCUCAUGUGUGUGAGGAAUGUAAAAAGUCAUUCAGACAAAAGCAUCACUUGAGCAAGCAUAUGCUUAUUCACACAGGAGAGAAACCUCAUAUGUGUGAAGAAUGCCAGAAGUCAUUUAGGCAAAAGGGCCAGUUAAACAAACAUAUGCUUACUCACACUGGGGAGAAACCUCAUGUGUGCGAGGUAUGUAAUAAGUCAUUCAGACAAAUCAGUAAUUUAAAUCAGCAUAUGCUUCUUCACACCAGAGAGAAGCCUCACACUUGUGACGUAUGUAACAAAACAUUCAGCAGAAAGCGAAAUUUAAAUGAGCAUAUGCUUCUUCACACAGGAGAAAAACCUCAUGUUUGUGAAGUAUGUGACAAAUCAUUUACAAAAAAGAGUGCUUUAAAUGAGCAUGUGCGUAUUCAUACAGGAGUAAGACCUCAUGUGUGUGAGGUAUGUAACAAAUCUUUCAGAGUAAAGCAUGAUUUAAAUGAGCAUAUUCUUCAUCACACAGGAAAGAAACCUCAUGUGUGUGAGGUAUGUAAUAAGUCAUUCAGACAAAGAAGUGCCUUAAAUCAGCAUAUGCUAAUUCACACAAGAGAGAAACCUCAUGUAUGUGAGACAUGUAACAGCUCAUUUAGACAAAAGGGUCAGUUAAACAAACAUAUGCUUACUCACUCAGGUGAGAAACCUCAUUUGUGUAAGGUGUGUAACACAUCGUUCAGGCAAAAGGAUCAUUUAAAUAAGCAUAAGCUUAUUCACACAGGAGAGAAACCUUAUAUGUGCAAGCUCUGUAGGAAAUCAUUCAGACAAAAGAGUACUUUAAAUGAACAUAUGCGUAUGCACACAGGAAAGAAACUUCAUGAGUUAUCUGUCUAACAAAUGACUUGAACAAAGAAGAAUUUUAUGAGGCAUAUUGACAGAGAAAAAAUUAUAUUAAGAAUGACCUUUUAUCUGCAGAAUAACAACUUAUCAUUUCUGUAAAGAUAUCUUAUGAGGUGUAUAAGUCAUCAUUUGAUCUGAAUUCUGAAUUUUUUCCCCUAGAAUGGAAAAACUAUGUGUGUAAGCUAACUCACAAGUCAUUUAAAAAAAUUACUUUCACUUAAAGCAAAAUAUGCUUAUCCGUGGUAUAUAAAAAUUCCUCUUGUUGAAAAAAAAAAUGGGUGCUACUUUGGUAGACGGUUGCACGGAUUUUUGGCGAUUUAUGUUGGCCGAAUUAUUGGCGCGAUUUUUACAAACGUCAGCCAUCUCGAAAAACGCUG